AUGAGUGACUAUCACUCCAAGACUCUGGAGUUGCUGAAAAAGGAGAGACACAGACACGCUUAACAUUUCCUUAUCAAACUAUAUUAAAAUAGUCCAUUGUGGUUUGAGGCACUCCUCUUCUAAGAGUUCUUCUAACUCAAUAAGAAAUUAUUUGAACUUCUACUCAAACACAUUGAUAACUAAACUGUUUGGGUCAUCCUGUCCUAAUUGAAAUUCGUUCCUUAUGACAACCUCAUAUUUUCAACCAUACUCAAAAACAUCUCAAAGAAAAAUGCCUUUCAACUCUUGAGAAAGACGCUGUGUCAGGAGGAGUACCAAUUAAAAUACAUCCAAGCUAAUAUCUUCUAUCUGUUUACUCAGGUAUUAUAAUAAUCAGAUGAUAAACAAUACUUCUUAAAUGAAGUUAUAGAUUGCAUCCUUAGUCUUUGCUGUCUUAAAUUUGAAUUGUUCGAGAAAGUCAUUACUUCCGGUUUGGCCCUUGUCAUAUCUGCUUAAUCGAUUAAGGAUUUCACUAAUGAAGGAGUCUAAAACUUACAAAGGAUUGUCUACUGGAUGUGCAGCAGUAAGAGCGAAUUAUUGAAGAGGAACAUUAAAGAAGGAAUAUGGUUUUAGAAUAUUUUCUUAAUCUUAAUGCAAUAGUAAUUGAAUCAUGUAGUCUAAAUCAAUACAUUGGAUAUAUUGAAACAAGAGUUUUAGUCAGAUUUAGGUUGUCAUUUCAAAGAGUUCUUCAGAACAACAUAUCAAGUUCCAGAUAACAUCCAGACAUUGAUCGAAAGAUACUUAUGA